AGAAGCAGAUCCGGAGGUCCACAGACAGCGGCGGCGUGCAGAGUGCAGCAUGCAGACCGGCCAUUGACGCUGCUGUUGGAUUGAACACACAUGCACAGACACACACACCCCUGAGGAGUGUAUGAGACAUGCCCAGGCUGCUGUCCAUGGACACACACACACUGGCAGGGCACCAGAGAGGAAAUACAGCAGACCCCCGAGCCUGAGGAGCUAUGGAGAGCAGCAUGUUCUUUGGUAACACAUGUCAAAAUGGCCUCAUGCCUGCCCUGGUGCGUCCCACCCUGCCUGCCGUCCAGAGCUCACUGGGCAUGAAGCGUUUUCUCCCGUUUCCAUUGGAAACAGCCUCGGCGGUCAGCCUCUUCCCAGGAUUCAACACGAUGGACCCGGUGCAGAAAGCCGUCCUCCAUCACACCCUCGGCCUCCCUCCCACCGCUAAGAGGAAGCACGUCUCCUGCAGCGUUUGCCAGCUGAGGUUCAACUCACAGAGCCAGGCCUUGGCCCACUACAAGGGGACUAAACAUGCCAAGAAGCUAAAAGCCCUGGAUUCUCCGAAGAGUAAGCUCAAAGGCUCAGUGGUCACCAAGGAAACCACCAACCAGGACAUCGCCAAGGGUAUCAACACCUCGCAGGUCCCCGGCUGCACCGACAGGAAAGAUGGCGUCCCCGGUGCAGCGCCCCUACCGCUAUCUCCUGUGCUCAGACCAGCACAACCCUUGGCAACCACUACGAUGCCAACGCCGGCGCCUGUGGCCUCGCCGAUAGUCCCGAACAGCACGGCAGCCACAGCCCCAGAGACUACCUCAGCUGCUGGAGGGGACGACAGUCAAUCAAAGCUGAACUCACCCUCAGAACCAGACCUGGAGCCCGAGGCCGAACCCGAGGCAGAGACAGAUAUGGAAACAGAGGAGGAGAAAGCUCGACGUCUUCUGUACUGCUCGCUCUGCAAAGUAGCGGUCAACUCAGCGUCACAGCUGGAGGCUCACAACAGCGGUACGAAGCACAAGACAAUGCUCGACGCCAGGAGCGGCGUGGGCUCCAUCAAGUCCUUCCCCCGGCCGGGAGUCAAAAGCAAACUGGCUACGUCCUCCAAAUCAUCGACGGGUCUGCAGAACAAAACGUUUUACUGUGAGACGUGUGAUGUGCAUGUCAACUCAGAGACUCAGCUAAAACAGCACAUCAGCAGCCGACGUCAUAAAGACCGAGCGGCAGGUAAACCAGCCAAACCUAAAUACAGCCCCUACAGCAAGCCGCAGAAAGGCCAGACCAAACAGCUGAUAAAGUUGACUUUGGGUAAGGAGCGCCAGUGUCAGCCUCUGACCACCCAGAUCAUACCUGCUCACCUGGCCGCGGUGGCAGCCGCGGCCGCAGCCAUCGGUAACUCUUUCACGCACCGCACGAACCACGCCACUAACCACGCCACGACCCCUGCCCUCUUCCAGACACAAACCCUCCCUGCUGCACUGCUCCGCCCGGCCCCCGGGCCUGUCAGGACCUCCCACCCACAAGUCCUAUUUGCCCCUUAUUGACUUGUUUGACCUGGGCGGAGCUGCUCCACCUCCCGUCAAGGACCAAACCAUGUGCUUCACCCAAACCCAGGUCAGGGAGUCGUGUCAGCAUCUGUACUCCUUCUAUGCAUCCAGGAUACUGAACAUCUUCACACCGAGAUCAAACCUCUUACCUGUCCUCAUAUGGAUUAUCCUGCAUUUAAAGCUAAACUGGACGUCAGCUAAGCAUCGGGCGCUUUCUCCUGAUGGAUUUAUUCCUCUAAUCCCACUCAAAACCUGGACUAUACAUGCUCUCUGUGCCAUCCCGCAGCCCAUGGCUCACACCCAGAUCCCAGACUUGGACCUACAUUGUACCGCAAUAAUGUAUAAGACUAACCCCGUGAACUAUGCAGUGUCAUUAUUUCAUGAUGUAAGGCACAGUUUGAGCUAAAAAUACGGUAGGGAACUGCUUUUUGUAAAGAUACAGCGUGGCACUAAGAUCAUUGCUUUAGUGGAGGAUUACUGUCGCUCAUAAUUUAAAAGGCUGUUACUGAUCAUAAGAGCGAGCAAGGCCCUCCUCUGUUCCUGUAUGCACUUUAAGCCCCUCCUCUGUUGAUGUCUACAUUAGAUGGCUAGACUGUGUUAGACGGUUAUAGUAUGUGUCGUAAUGUGUGUUUUUGUAUUCGUCCUUGCAUUAUCUGUGUGUGUAUGUGUGUGUGUGUAUGUGCGGGUACAUACUUCUGCAUGUGUGUGCUUGUCCCUGUGUGUGUGCGCGCGCGCGUGUGAGUAUUUGGAUGUGUGUGUGCGUACGUGCGCGAGAGCUUCCCAUCCACCAUAAGCCAUCCCAGUCGAUAUCCAGCACACGUUGUCACUGAUCAUGUCUCAGGCCAGAGGGACCACAAAGGCUUGUGUAUAUUAACUGUCAGUGUGUAAAAGGUGAACAGUUUCAAAUAAAAAGAGUCCUAAUUUGUUAA